UCCAAUCCGCCGCUCGCAUCCCAUUCCCAGCACGGCCGAGCAGCGAGAUGGAGGCCGGCGUUCGUUGGGCCGCGCUCCUUUUCCUCCUCAUCCUCUCGCAGGAAAUGUCUUUUUACAUUCCAUGCACGCAUGGAUGUGCUACAGCCCUGACUGCUGUUCACUCUCAGGAGGAAGAGGAGAUCCCGCAGGUAGACGAGGAGCUGCAGGAGGAGGAUCAGCAGAUCGUGGAGACGUGGACCGCCAGGAACGUGCAAGCGUGCACGUGCGACUGUGAGGCCGUCGCGCCCGGGAGUCUCCCCGACGCCGUCGCCGUCGCCGCCGCCUCGCCGGCGCCAGAGCCGCCUCGAGGCGGCAGCCCGCCGACUUGCAUGCCAGAGUGUCCGUACCACAGAGCUCUGGGCUUCGAGUCCGGCUCGGUGGCGUCGGACCAGAUCAGCUGCUCCCACCGGGACCAGUACAGCAGCUGGUACUCGUCUUGGGUCCCCGACAAGGCUCGGCUCAACAACCAGGGCUUCGGGUGCGCGUGGCUGUCCAAGUACAACGACCCGCACCAGUGGCUGCAGAUCGACCUGCGGGAAGUGGGCGUGGUCUCGGGCAUCCUGACGCAGGGCCGCUGCGACUCGGACGAGUGGAUCACCAAGUACAGCGUCCAGUACCGCACGGUGGAAGCGCUCAACUGGGUCUACUACAAAGACCAGACGGGAAACAACAGAGUGUUCUACGGGAAUUCGGACCGCUCGUCCACGGUGCAGAACCUCCUGCGCCCGCCCGUCGUGGCGCGCUACAUCCGUCUGCUGCCGCUGGGUUGGCACACCCGCAUCGCCGUCCGCAUGGAGCUGCUCAUGUGCAUGAGCAAGUGCGUGUGACGGACCUGCCCGGACGACACGCUCCCCGAACUCAACGCUCGCGCUUCUGGGAGCCUCAGGGGAGGAAAGGAAUGGGGGCGGGAAAAAAUUAUAAUCAUGCACUUUCACCUGAGAAUAUACAGCUAGACGCCAUAGAUUUUAGCUUGACUUGCAUGCGGAAAUAUUUUA